AUGUCUUCCAUGAUGUCGAAGUCGAGCCUUUGGGGAUACGUGAUUCGGCUGGUGGUGGUGUUUGCGGCAGGAGUCUCAGCCAACUUGUUCGCAGAUUUGGUGAAGCAUCGGGAUUGGCGGCACGAUUUCGGGAACACGAUCUUCCAAAUGUUCUUCGUGAUCAUGUUGCUCAUCAUGGCCCCGCUGGCCGAGCCGCUGCGUCAAGCUUUGAGGUCACGGAAACAACAGGGCGAAGUCUCAAAAGCCACUGUCGCCUUUACCGUCUUUUGGGGCGCUGUCUCUGCAGUGGCACUCGCUUCUUUCGUGAGAGGCUACACCGGCGAUUCGCCAGACUUUGUGACUCAGACCUUUGAAGAUGAGGAAGUAUCUCGUUGGAUCAAGCUUUAUGCCCCCAUACUACGUCAUACCCCGAUUAUUCUGGUUCAUGUUGCAGGCACCCUGUUCUUGGGUCUGCUGGCGACCAUCCUUUGCCAACCUGAAAACACCGGCCUUGUCGGUUGGGUGCUGCUGGCAUUCACUUAUCUGCAAAUGGUCAUUGUGCCAUGGGACCAGGAUUCCUUUGCUCAUUUGGUGAAUUUGAACAUCGUGGGCAUGUUGACUUUCCAGUGGCCACUGGCCGGUAGCAAUUACAUAGCCACUGCAGUGAAGGCAUACUGGCCAUUUUUGCUUAUGUUCCUUUGCCUAGAUUCAAUGCCGGAUAUGUGGGGGCGUUGUGACGUGCAUUCGCCAUACUCCACUUGGGAGAGGUUCCGCAUGUUCCUCGGGGAGUUGAUCUUGGUUGUCUGCUUUAUGGCCGGUGCUUUCACACCCUCAGAUCCGCAUAAGAUCACCUCUUGGCUGGGACAGUGGUCGCUCUACGCCUACUGCUUCCAUGUAAUGUGGUAUCGAUUGCUGGGAAGUCCAUAUGGCGCCAUCGUCACCUUUGCUGGCAUGCCGGUCUUCUGGGCCAUUUCGGCUGCCUGUGUGCAACCGACGCAGAGGCCGAACGCAAAGUGA